UGUGUCACUCACACGAGAGAUAGGGUUUUAGACUUCCAAAACCCUUCGAGGAUCUCAAACGAUUCCGAUCACGAAAAUGUCAUCCACCGCCGCCAGAUUGAUAGUUCGAUCAUGCUCCGCCGGCCGUUCGGCGUUUCGCGUCGCGUCGGAAGCGAAAACGGCUCGUUCUCCGUUUCGCAUCGCGUCCAAUAAACCACUCUCGCAGUCCACUAUCAGGUUGCCUGUAGAGUUGAGUUCGUGUGUAGUAUCGAUGAUGCCGUACCACACGGCCACGGCUUCUGCGCUCAUGAAUUCUAUGCUUUCAAUUUCAAGCCGCACGUCCGCUUGGAUUCCCGAAGAUUGCAAUGAUGAUGUUUGAUAUCAAUCGGGUUAAGAAGAUUGAAGCAAGCUUUUUGCAUAAAUAUCUGCAAUGCAUGAAAUGUGUCGCCGAAAACAUUGGGAAAUUUGACUUGGCCAUUGUAGAAGCAAGUUGAUUCCCAAAAGGGAACUUUAAAACCUAGACCACCUGUACUUAAUUUCCUUCCUAUUUGAGAUGAUAAAAAUCAUUCUGCUUACUAAUUUUUAUCCAUAUGAACACUAGUGCCUAAGGCAAAUUAUCAAAUGCACUGCAAAGUAUCAAUGAAGUUUCCUUUUGUCUGUCCAUAUUAAUUAUAAUGUUCACGUUGACGUGGAAACUUGUUUAUCUCUAGACUGUUAUCUUUAUGUAUAAAAGGGUUCAUGAUACUCGAAACAGUGUAGUGGCUAUCAAAUUUUUUUUUUUUUUGCUUCAAAAUUUAAUGCAAUUUGAGCUCUGAACCUGAACUCUCAAAUUC